UCGGAACAACAAUGAAUGCAUACACAGACUGAGACUGGUACGAAAGCUGGUUCGCAAUCGAGCUAUGCAGCUGGGCCAUUGCAUCUCGCCGUCGUCUGUCAUGCUCUCCAAGAAGUUUCUGAAUGUGGGCAGCGGUUUCCCCAACUCAGAGGGAUCUGAGCUGGCCGCGCAGGACCACCCUGUUAUGUCCUCCAGUGACAACCUGGAGAGUGGUUCACCUCUGAAAAAAAACUCCAGUGGGAUGACGAAUCAGUCGGAGGGAGACGGUUUUCCUGACUCCAAGGACGCACCGGGGGACGUCCAGAGAAGCAAACUCUCUCCUGUUCUGGAAGGAGUCUCUGAAAUUCGUCACAAUUUCGAUGGAUCUGCUGCAGAACGGUACCUCCUGUCUCAGACGAACCAAGCUCAGCCAGUGUCUGCCUCUCCCGGUGCCAUGUUCCCGUACCCGAGUCAACACGGACCGACGCACCCCGCUUUCUCGAUUGGGAGCCCGAACCGCUACAUGCCUCAUCACCCGGUGAUAACCAAUGGAGCGUACAACAGCCUCUUGACCAACACCUCUCCGCAAGGCUACCCAACAGCGGGCUAUCCCUACGCGCAGCAGUACGGACACACGUACCAGGGGGGGGCUUUUUACCAGUUCUCCUCGACACAAGCUGGGCUGGUGCCUGGCAAAGCCCAAGUCUAUCUGUGCAACAGGGCUCUGUGGCUCAAGUUCCACAGACAUCAGACAGAAAUGAUCAUAACGAAACAAGGAAGACGGAUGUUCCCCUUUUUAAGCUUUAACAUCUCCGGUCUGGAUCCGACGGCUCAUUACAAUAUUUUUGUGGAUGUAAUUCUUGCCGAUCCGAAUCACUGGAGAUUUCAAGGAGGAAAGUGGGUUCCGUGUGGGAAGGCGGACACAAAUGUAACAGGAAACAGGGUUUACAUGCACCCAGACUCCCCCAACACCGGCGCCCACUGGAUGCGCCAGGAAAUUUCCUUCGGCAAACUGAAGUUAACAAAUAACAAAGGAGCCUCAAACAACACAGGACAGAUGGUGGUUCUGCAGUCCCUGCACAAGUACCAGCCCAGACUGCAUGUGGUGGAAGUGAACGAGGACGGCACGGAGGACUCGACCCAGCCCGGCCGGGUGCAGACCUUCACCUUCCCGGAGACCCAGUUCAUCGCGGUCACCGCGUACCAGAAUACGGAUAUCACGCAGUUAAAAAUCGAUCACAAUCCGUUUGCUAAAGGGUUUCGGGAUAACUAUGACACCAUCUACACAGGUUGCGACAUCGACCGACUGACACCGUCGCCCGGCGACUCGCCUCGCUCUCAGAUCGUGCCCAGCGCGAGAUACGCCAUGGCGGGCUCUUUCCUCCAGGACCAGUUUGUCAGCUCGUAUGCCAAGUCGCGCUUCCACCCUGGCGCCGGGAGCGCUCCUGGCACGGACCGCAGCGUCCCUCUUAGCAACAGCUUGCUGUCCCCGCCACAAGCCGACGAGACCGCGGCGGCAUCCCCGCAGCGCUGGUUCGUCACCCCUGCCAACAACCGACUGGACUUCGCCACCUCGGCCUACGACGCCGCCGCCGCCGCCGACUUCGCCGGAAACGCGGCCACCCUGCUGUCUUACGCUGCCGCUGGAGUAAAGGCACUUCCGCUUCCGGCCGCGGGAUGCUCCGGCAGACCCCUGGGCUAUUACGCGGACCCGUCAGGGUGGGGCACGCGCACCCCGCCUCAGUACUGCAGUAAAUCGAGCUCCGUCCUGUCCUGCUGGCCCUCCAACUCCGCAGGAAGCAGGACUAGCGCUUCCAGCUACGCGCUGGACGAAGGGGACAGCUUGACCACCGAGAGGUCUCCGCUGGGCGCCUCCGAAGACGCCAAACCCAAAGACCUGUCGGAGUCGAGCUGGACGGAGACGCCCUCUUCUAUAAAGUCGAUCGACUCGAGCGAUUCGGGAAUAUUCGAGCAGGCCAAACGAAGGCGGAUAUCGCCGUCCGCCACGCCGGUGUCGGAAACGGCGUCGCCGCUCAAGAGCGAGAUGCUGACGGCGCGGGAGUGCGAGAAGAACUGCGCCAAGGACGUUGGAUACUACAGCUUCUACACACACAGUUAGACAGACAGUCAUGAUACUCGCAAAACAGUCUUUCUUUCAUAAGGGAAGUAA